AUGAUGUUCCCGGGUCUCCUCGCGCCCCCCGCCGGGUACCCCAGCCUCCUGCGCCCUACGCCUACCUUGACGCUACCCCAGUCCUUGCAGACGGCAUUUUCUGGCCACUCCAGCUUCCUAGUGGAAGAUCUGAUCCGCAUCAGCCGACCCCCCGCCUACCUGCCCCGCAGCGUGCCCACGACCAGUCUGUCGCCUCCCAGGCAAAGGGCACCCGCGACCCUCACCGACACCGGGUCCUCGGACCCAGGCUCCCCUGGCCGGUGCAGCCGGCGGGGCGGCUCCCCGCAGACGGUGGUCUCCCCAACUAGUGAGUCCACGUUUCUGAAAUUUGGGGUGAACGCCAUCCUCUCCUCGUCACCCAGAACAGAAACGUCUCCCGCCUUGCUCCAGAGCCUCCCUCCCAAGACCUUCGCCUUUCCCUACUUUGAAGGUUCCUUCCAGCCUUUCAUCAGAUCUUCUUAUUUCCCAGCGUCCUCGAGCGUCGUGCCCAUGCCGGGUACCUUCUCUUGGCCGCUGGCCGCCCGAGGCAAACCCCGCCGGGGCAUGUUGCGCCGAGCAGUGUUCUCGGAUGUGCAGCGCAAGGCGUUGGAGAAGAUGUUUCAGAAACAGAAGUACAUAAGCAAGCCCGACCGCAAGAAGCUGGCGGCCAAGUUAGGCCUGAAGGACUCGCAGGUGAAAAUCUGGUUCCAGAACCGACGCAUGAAAUGGCGGAACUCCAAGGAGCGCGAACUGCUGUCCAGCGGGGGCUGCCGUGAACAGACCCUUCCCACCAAGCUGAACCCGCACCCAGACCUCAGCGACGUGGGUCAGAAGGGCCCCGGGGAUGACGAGGAGGAAGAUGAAGGCCAGGGCAGCCCCCGACAUCGCCUGGCCCAUCGCACAUCCCCCGACCCUCAACACCUACGUGACCACCGACUCGAAGGGCUGCUGCCCGCAUCGCCGGCGCACUCCAGCAGCCCUGGCAAACCUUCGGACUUCUCUGACUCGGAAGAGGAUGAGGAGGGUGAGGAGGAGGAGGAAAUCACUGUUUCCUAG